AUGGUUUCUGCGGAGAGAGUACGGUACCAGCGAUUGAACCAGGUGUUUGACCGGGCGUUGGCCCAGACGGUGCACAAGCUGGAGAGCAAAGAGCGGGUGGUGUCCUGUUUCCCGCGGUACUCGAGCACGCUGGAAGGGUCCUCGCACCUGGAGAACUGCCAGGCGCAACUGAUUGAGUUUAUGGUGCGGUACUGCGAGCGGGAGUUCCAGGCCAUCCUAGAAGAGCGGAACGUGAAGGUGAAAUUGGAUGAACUGGAUGAUCUGAUCUCCCUAGCGCAGAGCCGUCUGGAAGAAAGGAAACGCCAGGCAUUGGUAACUGCCAAGAGGAAAGAAGGCAAUGCAAGGCCUAUAAACAGGGACCUUGAGCAGGGUCUAUCAGCUGUGGAUCAGUUGAGCAGUAAAAAACUGCUGGCAGCACAUCUAUAUACCUUGAGGAAAGACACAGUGGCAAAAAUUGACAAUAGGCUACAAAAGGUUAAUGCCUUAAAUAAUAAGAUUAAGGAUGAGAUCACGGAACUCGAAGAAGAGAUUGAAAAGAGCAAGAGUAACAUUAAUAGUCUACUGGAUGACACAAUGGGGUCCACAGCUUUACGCGAUCAGGAUGAAACUUUAGUGCAAGGUUUGCAUGACAUGGUACUAGAACUGAAAGAGAAUCUGAUAUAA